AUGGAGACCAAAGGGAGACUCAUUGCUGGCUCUCACAAUAGAAAUGAGUUUGUUCUAAUCAAUGCUGAUGAAAUUGCAAGAGUCACCUCUGUUAAAGAAUUAAGUGGGCAGAUUUGCAAGAUCUGUGGGGAUGAGAUAGAGGUCACAGUAGAUGGGGAGCCAUUUGUUGCUUGCAAUGAAUGCGCAUUCCCUGUGUGUAGACCUUGCUAUGAGUACGAAAGAAGAGAGGGCAACCAAGCCUGCCCUCAAUGCCGAACCAGAUACAAGCGUAUCAAAGGGAGUCCUAGAGUUGACGGAGAUGAGGAAGAGGAGGAUACGGAUGAUUUGGAGAAUGAAUUUGAUAUUGGAGUCAACUACAGGAGAGACCCUCACCAGGUUGCUGAAGCGCUGCUCUCUGCUCGCCUCAACACUGGCCGUGGUUCCCAAGCUAAUGUUUCUGGGUUUGCUACACCAUCUGAGUUCGACUCUGCUUCCAUUGCUCCUGAAAUUCCUCUUCUGACCUAUGGUGAAGAGGAUGUUGGGAUCUCUUCUGAUAAGCAUGCCCUUAUUAUACCCCCAUUUCGUGGGAAACGGAUUCACCCGAUGCCAUUUCCUGAUUCUUCCAUGUCUUUGCCACCAAGGCCUAUGGAUCCUAAGAAAGACUUGGCAGUCUAUGGGUAUGGAACAGUUGCAUGGAAGGAAAGAAUGGAGGAGUGGAAGAAAAAGCAAGGUGAUAAACUUCAGGUGGUCAAGCACCAAGUAGGAAAGGGUGCUGAAAAAAAUGGUGGAGAUGAAUUUGAUGAUCCUGAUUUGCCUAUGAUGGAUGAAGGAAGGCAGCCUCUUUCAAGGAAAUUACCAAUUUCUUCAAGCAAGAUUAGUCCAUACAGAUUGAUCAUUAUACUCAGGCUUGUGAUUCUCGGCCUCUUUUUUCACUAUAGAAUUCUUCAUCCAGUCAACGAUGCUUAUGGAUUGUGGCUUACAUCAGUAAUUUGUGAAAUAUGGUUUGCUGUAUCAUGGAUAUUAGAUCAGUUUCCAAAAUGGUAUCCAAUUGAGCGAGAAACAUAUCUUGAUAGAUUAUCAUUGAGGUAUGAGAAAGAGGGGAAGCCAUCUGAGUUAGCGAGUGUAGAUGUAUAUGUUAGUACAGUGGAUCCUAUGAAAGAACCUCCACUUAUCACUGCAAACACAGUCUUGUCGAUCCUUGCUGUAGAUUAUCCAGUCGACAAAGUCGCGUGCUAUGUCUCAGAUGAUGGCGCGGCCAUGCUUACUUUCGAAGCUCUCUCUGAGACAUCCGAAUUUGCAAGAAAGUGGGUCCCUUUCUGCAAGAGAUUCAGCAUUGAACCUCGGGCUCCAGAAUGGUAUUUUGCUCUGAAGGUUGACUAUUUGAAAGACAAAGUAGAUCCGGCAUUUAUCAGGGAGCGUCGUGCCAUGAAGAGAGAAUAUGAAGAGUUCAAAGUUCGAAUAAAUGGGUUAGUAGCCAUGGCGCAGAAGGUUCCUGAGGACGGUUGGACAAUGCAGGAUGGCACCCCAUGGCCGGGGAAUAAUGUCAGAGAUCAUCCUGGAAUGAUUCAGGUUUUCCUUGGUCAUAAUGGAGUUCAUGAUGUUGAAGGAAAUGAAUUACCUCGUCUAGUUUACGUGUCUCGUGAGAAGAGACCGGGAUUUGAUCACCACAAAAAAGCUGGGGCUAUGAAUGCUUUGAUGAGGGUCUCUGCAAUCAUAUCAAAUGCUCCUUACUUGCUGAAUGUUGAUUGUGAUCACUAUAUAAACAACAGUAAGGCACUUCGCGAAGCCAUGUGCUUCAUGAUGGACCCAACAUCUGGAAAGAAAAUUUGUUAUGUUCAAUUUCCUCAAAGGUUUGAUGGUAUUGACCGUCAUGAUAGAUACUCAAAUCGCAACGUCGUAUUCUUUGAUAUCAAUAUGAAAGGACUGGAUGGCAUACAAGGACCUAUAUAUGUUGGGACUGGAUGCGUCUUCAGGAGGCAAGCUCUUUAUGGAUAUGAUGCCCCUGUCAAGAAGAAGCCCCCAGGAAGGACAUGCAAUUGCUGGCCAAAAUGGUGCACUUGUUGUUGCCGAUCUAGAAAGAAAAAUAAGAAAUCAAAAACAAAUGAAAAAAAGAAGAACAAGGAGGCUUCUAAACAGAUACAUGCAUUAGAAAAUAUUGAAGAAGGUAUUGAAGGAAUAGAUAAUGAAAAAUCAGCCUUGAUGCCCCAGAUAAAAUUUGAGAAAAAAUUUGGACAGUCAUCAGUUUUCAUAGCCUCUACACUUGUGGAUGAUGGUGGAGUUCCCAAAGGGGCAAGUUCUGCAUCACUUUUGAAAGAGGCCAUUCAUGUCAUUAGUUGUGGUUAUGAAGAUAAAACUGAGUGGGGAAAAGAGAUUGGGUGGAUUUAUGGCUCUGUCACUGAGGAUAUUUUAACUGGCUUCAAGAUGCAUUGCCAUGGCUGGCGAUCAGUGUAUUGCAUUCCAAAAAAACCUGCAUUUAAAGGUUCAGCGCCAAUAAACCUUUCUGAUCGUCUACACCAGGUGCUCCGAUGGGCUUUGGGAUCUGUUGAGAUCUUUUUCAGUAGACACUGUCCAAUAUGGUAUGGAUAUGGAUGCGGAUUGAAAUGGUUGGAACGCUUCUCUUAUAUAAACUCUGUUGUUUAUCCCUUGACAUCUAUCCCCUUGAUUGCUUACUGUACCUUGCCUGCUGUCUGUCUACUUACUGGGAAAUUCAUUGUUCCUGCGAUUAGCAAUUAUGCCAGUAUCAUUUUCAUGGCUCUGUUCAUAUCCAUCGCUGCAACUGGUAUCCUAGAAAUGCAGUGGGGAGGAGUUGGCAUACAUGACUGGUGGAGAAAUGAGCAGUUCUGGGUCAUUGGUGGUGCUUCAUCACAUCUAUUUGCCCUUUUCCAGGGUCUUCUGAAGGUAUUGGCUGGAGUUAACACCAAUUUCACUGUUACCUCCAAAGGGGCAGAUGAUGGAGAAUUUUCAGAGCUCUACCUAUUCAAAUGGACAUCUUUAUUGAUCCCUCCUAUGACUUUGCUUAUCAUAAACAUUAUUGGAGUCGUAGUUGGAAUUUCUGAUGCCAUCAAUAAUGGUUACGAGACUUGGGGUCCACUCUUUGGUAAGCUAUUCUUUGCAUUGUGGGUUAUUGUCCACCUCUACCCAUUCCUUAAGGGGUUGAUAGGGAAACAAGACAGGCUUCCCACCAUUAUUGUUGUUUGGGCGAUACUUCUAGCUUCUGUUUUAACACUCUUAUGGGUUCGAGUCAACCCAUUUGUGUCAAAAGGUGGCAUUGUUUUAGAAGUUUGUGGGUUGAAUUGUGAUUAA